GGGGAGGCAGGGGAAGGUGUCCAGCUCUCGCUGUGGGGGUACUGAAGAGGCAGAGGUCCUUCGGGUACCCCCACCGAGCAGGGUGUUGCCAGCACCUCCCCAGAUGAGGUGUGUGUCCCCCCCCCCGUUUUGGGAGGGGAGGGGUUAAGCCAAAGCAUCCGAGCUAAGCUCUGGCAGGAGGUAGCUAAAACCUCCCAGGCCUGCGCGCUCUCCUGGAGAACAAAGCUCGCAAAGUGGUGGUAAGCUUGUAAAACCUGCGGGAAUGUGGGUGUCCUGGAGGGGAAACGGGGUCCCGCCGUGCUUGGCCUUGCUGCCCCGUGCCUUGCAAACCCGGCCCCAGGUUAUUUUCAGAACAAUUGUUUGGCCGGGCUUCAAAAAUGUCUUGGGCUUGUUUUUGGAGGAGACCGAAAUCUGCAAACCGUCAGCACAGGCUGAUUGUGGCGCGAUGCCGGAGUGGCCGGCGGGAGCAUGGCUUGGCUGGGGUGGCAGGUCCUGUGCCAGGGCAGACUGGGCUGGAUGGGGCCCCGUGCGCAAUGGGACAGGAACCAUCCCGGGGCUGCAAACCCCGAAGGAGCCUCUGGGAAGAGGAAACCACGAGGCAGCAUGUGCCCAAACCCCUGGGAGAGAAGUGGAGCCCCGGGCUGGGAACAGGAUGGCAGCCGGGUGCAUGGAAGCAGUGGGUAGCGACUUAUUUUCUGCUUGUCCUUGUGAAUCCCAAAUUCACCAUCCACCUUUCCGUGAAGCUUUUCCAGGAAGGCAGCCUGGGCCCCGCUCCAGCCUCUUGGGUGGUGCCCAGGGUGGACGUGCAGGUCGUGCCUGGCCACCCGCCCUCUCUCUGAGCCCCUUCCUUUGCCCCCAACAUGUGCUGGCAGGUGAACCCCAGCUCCCCCGGUCUCCACCACCCCACUUUUAUUGAUUCUCGGCUUAUAUGAAAGGAGCGGAGAGGGCAAGGAUUGAUUCUAGGCAAAUACUCUAAAGGCAUCUACAGUUGUGGCUGGGAAGGACCGGUUCGUUGUAAUUAUCGUAGUUAAAAUAUAACCUAAUGAAAAUGCCACCUCUGGCCCUUGGGCUCCCGUGUUCUCCGAACGCCAGCGUGGGUGGGUAGAGGUCCCUGAGGGGUGCGUGUCCCAGCCUCCGUGGUAUGAGGGGGACCCAACGUGGCAUUAGCGGGGGGGGGGGGGGGGCUGGUGCGUGACUCCCUCGCCCCGCGGAGAGCUGGGUUCGGUGCUGGCGCUGGUAUUUGCUGCUGGGGUUUGCUGGCUGUGCCGCUGGCAGAGGCACGCGUUGGGAUCCCCGUUGCAGCCCUGCCUGCACACUGCUGCCUGCUUUCCGACCACUGGCUGCUCUUCCCCAGGGAUCCCGAGGCGCUGCAGAGCUGGAGAGCCCCCGGGAGCCGCGUUCCGGCAGCCCCCCACCCCUCGGCACACGGCUAGGCAUCCCUGAGACACCAUGACCCCCAGCACAGACUCCCGGGGCUGCUGCCUGCUCGUGCUGCUCUGCCUUCUCCCCUGCCCACGGGUCUGGGCAGGCAGGGAUGCCGUGGGACCGGCGCUCUCCGCAGCCUCCUUCCUGCAGGAUCUCCUCCAGCGGUACGGUGAGAGCGAAACCCUGAGCCUGAAGCAGCUCAAGGCCCUGCUGAACCGCCUGGACGUGGGAGUGGGGCACGCCAACGUCUCCCAGCCGCCGCAGCAGCAUGUGAACCUCUCCCGGUGCUUCAGCUCCGUCGAGCUUUUUGCCAUCCACAACCUGAGCGAGGGCUCCGCCGUGGGGCACAGCGAGUUCAAGGAGUUUUGCCCCACCAUCCUGCAGCAGCUGGAGUCGAGGGCGUGCGCCUCUGAGAACCUGGAAAAUGAGGAAAACGAGCAGACGGAGGAGAGCAGACCCAGCUCGGCCGAAGUCUGGGGUUACGGUUUCCUCUGCGUCACCGUCAUCUCCCUCUGCUCGCUGGUGGGAGCCAGUGUGGUGCCCUUCAUGAAGAAGACCUUUUACAAGCGGCUGCUCCUCUACUUCAUAGCUCUGGCGAUUGGAACUCUCUACUCCAACGCCCUCUUCCAGCUCAUUCCCGAGGCGUUUGGGUUCAACCCUCAAGAAGAUUAUUACGUUUCCAAAUCCGCUGUGGUGUUUGGAGGCUUCUACCUCUUCUUCUUCACAGAGAAGGUCCUGAAGAUGCUCCUAAAGCAGAAGGACCAGCAUCACCAUGGGCACAGCCACUACGGCCCUGAGGCUCUGCCAUCCAAGAAGGACCAGGAGGAGGGCAUCACUGAGAAGCUGCAGAACGGGGACCUGGACCACAUGAUCCCACACAUAACCAGCGAGCUGGAGUGCAAGACCCCGUCUGGUGAUGAGAAGGUUGUGGUGGGCUCCCUGUCUGUCCAGGACCUGCAGGCCUCCCAGAGCGCGUGUUACUGGCUGAAGGAGGUGCGGUACUCCGACAUCGGCACGCUGGCGUGGAUGAUCACCCUCAGCGACGGCCUCCACAACUUCAUCGACGGGUUGGCCAUCGGGGCUUCCUUUACCGUCUCCGUCUUCCAAGGGAUCAGCACCUCUGUGGCCAUCCUCUGUGAGGAGUUCCCACACGAGCUGGGGGACUUCGUUAUCCUGCUGAACGCCGGGAUGACCAUCCGCCAAGCGCUCUUCUUCAACUUCAUCUCCGCCUGCUGCUGCUACGUGGGCUUGGCCUUUGGCAUCGUGGCUGGCAGCCACUUCUCUGCCAACUGGAUCUUCGCUCUGGCUGGAGGGAUGUUUCUGUACAUAGCGCUGGCUGACAUGUUCCCCGAAAUGAAUGAGGUCAGCCAGGAGGACGAGCAGAACGGCAGCACGCUGAUCACCUUCGCCAUCCAGAACGCAGGGCUGCUGACAGGGUUCACCAUCAUGGUGCUGCUCACCAUGUACUCUGGCCAGAUCCAGAUAGGGUAGGACCAGCCCAGCUCGCAGCCAUGUUCCCGUUUUUCCAUUCUUUUUUUUGGGGGGGAAGGGGCAUUUUUUUUUUUUCUUUUUUCUUUUCUUUUUCUGCUGCAAGCAUAUGACGGUACCUUCGCGGGCACUGACAUCACACUACAGAAGAGGCAUUGCUUUUAAAGCUAUUCCACAGACUUAAUUUUAUUUUGGUUUAAGGCUGAGGGGAACUUAAUCCCCUUUCCCGUAGGACCGAACUGACCAGAGGAUCUUUUUCCAGUGUCAUAUCCCUUCCCUCCUCACAUCUCCUGGGAAGGAUGGAGUUAGGAGACAGGAGCUCCUCUAGCCGUGUUGCUCCCCUCCUUGCGCUCGGAGCGGUGCGAUGGGAUGUGACGCUCUCCUGACCCCUUUGCAGGGGGUGCGUGAUGGGGACAGACUGGGACAGACCCUUCUCGGAGAGUUACCUACCAGCCAGUCCUCAGAGCUGUGCUCUCCAAGCAUGGAGGGCUGCUGAGGAAGAGGAGGCUCGGGGAGCACAACUCACGAUUUGAGCAUCACCCCUGCUGACUUCAGAAGCGUGUCUCUGGAGCCACGUCUGGUUUUGCUCCUGUUCUGCCUUGUCAGCCUGAACGAUGCCCUGGGAGAAGCAGCAGGGUGAAGAGGGGUUUGGUUUAUUUUUUUUCUAAAAAGCACAUUCUGGGUGUCAGCGCUUGGAGCAGAGGACACCAAACCACGCCUCAUGCGGGUCGGACUGACACACAGGCUGGCGUGGGGCAGUGGCUGGGAGAAGGCUAGCAGGAUGCCCUUACCUCCCUUAGGUCCCUGCUGCUGUAUGGUGGGGGGAAAAGCCCCCAACCUUCUCCUGUGAGGGCAGCCACAUGGCAACGCUGGCGAGAAGGGCAUGAGGGCAACGUGGGGCAAGGGCAGAGCCGGACGGUGAGCCCCUGCCCACCCACAGGCUCCCCAGCCCAGGGGAUCGGCCCUUAGGCUGUGACCAAGCUCACCCUGGGCACCUGAGAAGGGACGCCGGUUUUUAAACACUGAUGCUGCUGAGUUGCUGAGGUUUAGGGUAGGGUGGUGGUGGGGUGUGGGUUGUUUUUUGUUUUUUUUAAAGAAAAAAAAAUAAUAGACUGUGAACCUCUUUAGGUUGUGUGUUUCCAGCCUUAGGGAGUAGUCAGAGAAGGGUGUUACAGGCACUUCACGGCUCUGCUUCUGGGCUGGCUUUCCCCAGAUUCACUAGGUGAAUUGACUUAUUAUCAUAUUGAUAAUGUUGCCCGCCCCACCUGUGUUGCUUGAGGUUCCCUUGCACCCUCUUCUCCCCCCAAGCCUUAUCCUGCACCUGGCGGUGGGGGGGUUUGUGGCCAUGCUGGUAAACGGGAGCCAAUUCAGGCAGCUUACCCUGGUGGCGCUGGCACUGGAUUGGGAUGAAGCAGUGGGUGCCGGUGGCUUUGGGAAGUGCUUUGGCGUGCGUGCCAGGGAUGGCUUGUCACUGGGUGUUUUCCUUCACUCCCUGCCUGUGCAGGUGGCCGUGACGGUGUGUGACGGGGUGACAGCCAUCCUGCCACCUCGGCUCGGUGCUGCUCGCCACUGGGGGCUGAAGCUGAGGCUCCCCACGCCUUCCACCCUUGUUGGAAAGCAAAGCAGAGGGUGUGCCGGGUGUUCUUCCUGCCCAUCGCAAGAGAAACGAGGGACCUCAGUCCUCGGCACAGCCUGGGGCAGGCUCAGCACCAUCCGGCAGCGUUGUACCCUGGUUUGAUUGCUGGCUGCUAGUACCUCACUGUAGUUCCUAAUUUGCCUUAGGUACCAGCUGGAUGAUGUUCCUCUUAGGCUCCUGACAGUUGUCACUGGGUCCCUCGGUCUCUGCCUGUUGAGAUGUGGCACUGCCAGUAUCCUCCUGGAUUGGCACCCCUGCUCUCGGUGGCUUUGGCUAGGGCAGGCAUUGUCCCCUUGGCACCCAGGAGGCUGUUGGCUUUGUCCUGCACCCAGAAAGUUAAAUCUCAGCAUGUCGAGGAGCAGGGAGCCUUCUUGGGAGCACUCUCCAACCCAGAGGUACCACAUGGUCUUCGGGCCGCUUGCUGCCGUUGGUGAUGCCUUCAAGGAGAGCGGGGCUCUGCUUUUUCCCGUGCAGCGUCUCUUGUUCGUGCGGACAGUCGUUGUAAAUCACUUUUCCUUCUGCGGCUGCUCCCUGGGACAGAGCCGCCUCGGAGCAGCAUGGUCUGUCCUGGCUCGGGCACCCAGCCACCUCUGCAGCACCUCGCAGUCAUUACCCGUGCUUUAGGUUGCUGCUAAUUUCUCAGUAGUUGGGAGGAGAGUGGUAUCGGAAACGCUCUUCCCCCGCUUGAGAGAGCUGCAGCCAGCCCCGUCCGACUUGAUGUGGAAAAAUUGAGUCCUUUGAAUGGCAUAUGUGCCCUCUCUCUUCUCUCUCAAGGAAGCAUUUGGAAAACACCGUGUCGCUGGCGGCUGUCCACGGGGCAGAGGGCAGCCGUAGCGCUGCCAGGGCCAAGUCGGGGCUGGCAGGAGCAGUUCAGCGGUGCAGGCGGAUGGAAAAGCCUCUGCGUUGGAGGUGAAGGGCAGGGGAAAUCAUGUCAUUUGUCCCCUGGGGACCGUGAGGCAUUUGCAGGCUGUGCCUGGGAGGUCCUCUGCGUCCCCGAGAGCUGGAAGUGUGGCAAGGACCGACUCUUGGCUUCCUGGGAGCCGGUACAGGCCCCCCCAGCACAUGGUGGGUAUCAUGAGUCCGUUGUCUUCUCGUUUCGAGUUUAACCCUGUUUCUUGCUAACUGAGUUGACUUUGAGAAAUCUGCAACCCAGAAAUUUGGGGGUGAAGCCCCUCGGAGAAACAAGGCUCCUCGCAGAGAGGGACCCUCCCUCUGCUGAAGGAGCGGUGGGAGAGAGCUGCUGUCCCUGGCUCGGGCAGGCUGGUACCCGCCUUCGGGGAAGGGAUGGGGCAGGCAGGAGGACGAGGAGGGAAAGCAACCCAAAUUGAGCUUGUUACGGAUUUUCAUCCAUGUUUCCCCUCCUGUGUCCAGUUCAAAGCUCAAGUUCCAUCUCAGUAUUUCAGUAACUCAGGUGUUGUAAGAGAUACGCGUUGAAACAAAGAACAUAACUUAUGUCAUGUGAAUUGUAAAGUUAUUUGUAAAAUUCCAUAAAUAAAAUAUAUUCUGUAAUGA